ACCAGUCAGAUGCCGUGGUAGUCAGAUACCAAACAGAGUUGCGGCUGCCCACCCGUUCAAUUUGUCCGGGAAUCAGACUACCCAAAAUACCCGGAUUUUGCCCAUGUCGACGUACGUAUGUACAAACAUGACAAAUGUACAUAUAUGUACUGUACAUGUACACGCAUACGGUAAUAAAUAAGGCUAGCCGCGUGUUGAUGCUGCACGGUCGAAGCGGCAUUGAUGCUGUAAUGCCUGGGUAGGCCCCCUAAUUAAUUUUUUGGUAGUAUUUUUCGUAAAUGCGUUAAUGCCCACGUCUUGGCCUAAACCCCCAGCGUGAUCAUGUCAAGCGGUAUUGAGAUGGAACCUGUUCUGCCGAGGUCAUCUGGAGCAAGCGAUCGCCGCAUGACGACCACUGGAAAUGACGAUGCCGAGUCGAUGUCGUUCUGUACAUACGUUCUGUGGUUCUUCUCCUUGCUUCUGCUGUUGAUCACUUUCCCUGUUUCCAUCUGGUUCUGCUUCAAGACUGUCGCCGAAUAUGAGCGAGCAAUUAUCUUACGAGUUGGUCGUCUGUUGCCUGGUGGGCCCAAGGGGCCCGGCCUGUUCUUCAUCAUCCCCUGCAUCGAUGACAUCCGGGUGGUGGAUCUCAGGACCUUGUCAUUUGAUGUCCCACCACAAGAGGUCCUGUCCAAAGACAGCGUGACAGUCACCGUGGACGCAGUGGUCUACUUUCGCGUGCAAGACCCCACCAUGGCGGUCAUCAACGUGGAGAACUACAAGCGGUCCACCGAGCUGCUUGCCGCCACCACCCUGCGUAACGUCCUGGGCACCAAGACCCUGGCUGAGAUGUUGAGCCACAGGGAGGAGAUCAGCAACACCUUACAGUCACUCUUGGAUGAAGCCACCGACCCCUGGGGUGUCAAAGUGGAAAGGGUCGAGAUAAAAGAUGUGCGACUUCCUACCCAGAUGCAACGUGCCAUGGCCGCCGAGGCUGAGGCCUCCAGGGAGGCUCGUGCAAAGGUGAUCGCCGCCGAGGGCGAGCAGAAUGCCUCCCGCGCCCUGAAGGAGGCGGCCGACAUCAUCGCCGAGUCGCCCAACGCCCUCCAGCUCCGCUACCUGCAGACCCUCAACUCCAUCUCGGCCGAGAAGAACUCCACCAUCGUCUUCCCGCUGCCCGUCGACCUGCUGAGUGGGUUCAUGAACAGCAAAUAGCAAUUAGCCCCUGGGAAGGGCAGGCAGGAUAAAGACACCAGCUUCUCUCUGCCAACCCCAGACAUAUAAGCUAACCAUCAGCAAGAACUGUCACCUGUACCAGUCUCCAUCAUCCACACUAUUCAUAUCAAGGAUUUGAAUACCAAUGAAAUAAUAAAUGGUAAAAAGUAAUAACAAUAAUACUAGCCAAAUGAACUAAUCCAAGCUAUUGAGUCAGUUGGUUUCAGUUCGCAAAUAACAUGCUCGGGACAUUCUGGUCAGCAUGAAGUUUGAACUUGCAUAAUUUUACUCUGAAGAAACACACCAGGCACCUCCAUUGGAGCUCUGUGUAAUGACGGUAGCACCAUGACAAUACAAAUAUUUACCCCUCUGGCAGGAUGCCAGCAUACAGUCUCUCUGCCCCCAAGCACAGCACACAAUGUGUUACUCCAGUUCCAUUAUGGCUGGCUUUGCAACCUGUCAUUUGUAAUGUAUUUGCAUAUGUCACAAGCAUGCAGCCUGCCCACCAGUCUACCUUUGCAUGUGUAGUGAAGUACUAAUGUUUUAAAUAAGAAAAUCCCAACCUGCUACAGAAUCCUGUGUGGGUUACCAUGCUGUAAAUCAGCAGAAGUAUAUGGUUAUGGUAUAUAAUUAGCCCCUUAGGAACCAUGAGGGCCAAAGUGAAGAUGAGCUUCUCAACACAUUUGUUUUUUGGAAAAACUCAUUUUUCAAACAACUCAUAAAAAUCAAAGAUUGCUUUGUACAUAGAUUACAUAAUUUGCUUCCUUUGAGAAUUGUGUUGGACACUUAUCUCCAUACAAAAAUCAAUGUGGCCAGGGGGGGCAUCACGAGUAAAUGUAACUUGCUGGAAAUAUUAAUGUACCAAAUUGUAAGUUAUAAAUUUGAUGCAUGCAUUGGUGUACGUAUAUGAAUUCAUAUGCGAGAUAUGUCUAGCUGGAUGUUGUGAUUACUGUUAUUGCUAUAAUUCUGACAAUAAUCUCUUAUAUUUCCGCUGAUAAUCUCCUUGUAUGUGGAUUUCCGCUUGAGCUGGUUGUUCUUGCUUAGCUUGUCUUGUAGCCCUUCCCAGGUUCAAGUAAAAUGUAAUUUUUAAUUAUGUAAUUAUGUAGAUUAGCAUGUUGUUUUGUUUUGUUUUUAUUUUUAGUAGUUGCAAAUUUAGUACUGUCUUUCGUGUUUUACUUGUGUCGGCUUUAAGGCAUUUUACACACAACAGUAGUUGUAUCAUAUGUUAUUGUAUUCCGUUGUAAGGUUCAAAUUGCUUGUCGAGUCAUAUCAGAGCUCACUGUUUUCUUCGGUAACAUGCCACCUGCAUUACAUGUAAGUAUAUUAUGCAGGUACACGCAGGUAUUCUAUUAUGGGACUUUGAAAGAGUCUUAUUGUAUUGUGUCCGACCCCUUGGUGACUGAAUUGGCAAAAGAUUGCCUCCAACUUUGCCAUUUUGUUUUCAGAUCAACAUUCUAAUGCCUGGAUUUCCAUAUCUACCCACAUUUAGAGUGAUAAAGAGUCCUGUGCAUUUUGCUUUGUUUCCCAUGGAAGUUGGUACGAGGAGCUCGUCACGUAGCAUGUAAUUUUGUGAACAUCACUGAGCGUUUUAAUCCAUGGCAGCAGAUCGUAGUUUGCCACCCUUGACCUGAAUCGGAGAUGCCACGAAGCUUCUUACGCUUUGUUUGUUUUGUGGACAUCAUGUUUUCUCGUAGAACAAGAUGAGGAUGGGAUUCCACAAGUAAAUAAAUUGGAAAGUUGGCAAGAAAUCCUCGUCGUAUCGUGCUUUGUCGGGGCUCGGGAGAUUACAGUCUUCCCAAGCCGGAGCGACACGUCAUUCUUCGGUUGGCUGGCUGAGACAACCGUGUUACAGCACACGAGAGUAAGGAUUUCAGAGGCUUUUAGCAAAAUUAGCCUCGUGCCAGUGCUGAUCAGUGUCACUUUGAUGAGCGUCGCGCGCAGCGAAAAGGUUUCGGUAUGGUACGUCUGUCACCAUUCACCAUUUCAUCUAAGUCGAAAAGAAAACACCUUGUGUGUUGUCUUUGGUGAUGUUCUAAGAAGUCUUUGUUUUAGAAUUUCAACUUAACGGGGCCAAAUCCUCUUAUUUCAGUAUGAAUUCACACGUACCUUAGGAUGUUAGUAUGUUAAAAGAAAGGUUUUUUUUAAGUGCUUUUUUGAAACAUGAUACUGAAUUUUGAGAUAUUCAAAUUCGCAUUGUACCCGAGUUCCAAAAGCGCUAUGUAGUGUAGUGCCAUUGACAUGUGCAUGUCAUGAGUUAUGAUUCUUCGAGCGCUUAGCAGAGUGUUAAAGAUGUUUGUUUUAAGCGUAUGUAAAUAUCGUGUAAAUGGAUACGUAGCUGACGUAGAAAUGACGUAAAUAUUGGAAAAUGAGUGAUCUGAGGUGAUGAGAUUUCUUAGAAGUUUUCUCUUAUGGUCUCCAUUGCACGUGUUAUCGCUACCCGUGCCUCGGCACUGUUUCACCAAAAAAGUGAAUUUUGGGGAAAAAAGUGAGUUCACUUUUUAGGGACUUGUCUCUGUAUCUUAAGAUAUGUUUAAGGACACACUUUCCUCAGUGAACAAAGGCAGAUUGCUUACAAUACCUGAUCAUUUACAGAUGUUGGUGUGAAUUGCUGAUUAUGAUUACCCUCACGAAACAACGAAUACAUGUUGUGAAAAGAAGUUUAUUGGGAGAAAAAGGAUUUAAUUGUUGAUCAAUUAUCACAGGUGGAUUCCCUUUUCUCAAGAUUACGUUUUGACAUCACCAUUUACAUCUUAAAAGCAUUUUUAAAAGUGAAGUAGGACACAGAGGGUCCAAAAUGGCAACAUCAUCAAACGGGAAGUUAUUGCAUUUUGAUGGCGAUUCAUUUGGCCCAUAUAUUGUUAACUCCUCAUUCUUUUAACAGUGGCAAUUUCAUUUUAUAUAGCUCGGGUACAUUCUACAGUCAUUGACGUGCAGCGUUCUUUUUCCGAAGUGUUGUUUCAAGUACAUCUAUCCUUUUUUAUCAUUUUGGAAAUGCGAGAUUAAUUAUGUCAUCAUGUGGGAAUGUAGUUUAAGAUUUAUUCAUCACCACAAAAAAAUAUUUAUGUGAAGUAUUGGUUCAUCUGCAAAGCUGACAUAGCAGUCAUGUCGAGUUGAACCUCUAUUCAUUCCUCACUGUUUGUAAAUCUUUCAUAAAAUGACUGAACAACGCACAAUCCAAGGUUAUGAUACAGAAACUUUGUUUCAAGUGGGCGGGGGGUGCAAGCGAAAAGAUUUUCCUCUCGUGGAAUUUUAGUUUUAACUUGAAAUCUUUCUUACACUUCAUUUUAAAUUGUUCAUGUAAUUCAGGUUAUUAAAUGAUUUGUGGUCUGAAAAAAAGUCGGUCCGCUA